AUGGCUCUAAUCCUAAUCCUCCUCACCGUAGCACCUCUGCUUGGACUCCUACAACUGUUAUAUACAAGAUACAAACCAUAUCUCCGUAGAAUACCCGGUCCCUUCGUCGCCUCCUUCACAAACGCAUACAGGUUGAAAGCAAACCUAGGCUGGAGACCAGAUAUCGUCCACCAAGACCUUCACAAUAAAUAUGGAGACUUGGUCAGGAUCGGGCCGAAUUGCGUAUCCGUCGGGGCUGCGAGUGAGGUUAAGACGAUAUAUGGGAUUACUAGGUUAUUUCAGAAGUCAAAAUUCUAUCCCGUAACCCGCCCCAUGGCCAACGGAAAAGAAGUAUUAGGAGUAUUCGACGUAACCUCCGAAGAACUGCACAAGAACCUAAAACGUCCGAUCGGACACGCAUACGCCAUGAGUACUCUCCUAGACUACGAACCCUACGUCGAUAGUACAGUAAAAGUCUUUCAACAAAGACUGGAAGAAUUGUAUGUUGAUAAAACCGGCAAGGAAUGUGAUUUGGGAGAAUGGUUACAUUGGACUGCGUUUGAUGUUGUAGGGGAGAUGACAUUUAGUAGACGGUUAGGGUUUUUGGAACAAGGCAGGGAUGUGGAUGGGGUUAUUGAGGGGACGCAGUCGCAGUUGGAUUAUUUGGCUGUUAUUGGGCAGAUGCCGUUUCUUGAUCACUUCCUGAUGAAGAACCCAUUGAGGAUAUGGUGGAAAGGAAAUCCAACUUCUCCGGUUACUAGCUUUGCAUUGAAUUGUAUGCAGCAGAGGCUUCAGGAAAAGGAAAAGGGGGAUAAUAGCCAGCGAAAGGAUUUCUUGUCGAAGUUUUUGGAUGCCGCGGAUAAAUAUGAGGGGAAGAUUCCGAGAGAGCAGGUUAUCGGAUGGGCUGCUGCUAAUGUAUUUGCGGGAAGUGAUACGACGGCAAUCUCGUUACGCGCUAUUAUGCACAACCUCAUGAAAUUCCCCGCAGCACUCCACGCACUACGCACAGAACUAUCAGCAGCCGGCCUCUCCCCCUCCACGAUCCCCAAAUAUUCCCAAACAAAUUCCCUCCCAUACCUCAGCGCCAUAAUCAAAGAAUCCCUCCGUCUCCACCCAGCAGUCGGUAUCCUUCUCGAACGUAUCGUCCCAGCAGGCGGUGUAACCCUCUGCGGUGAGUUCCUUCCUGAAGGAACAAUCGUCGGUUGUAACCCAUGGGUCAUCCACCACGACAAAAGAGUCUACGGCGCGGAUGCAGAGUUUUUCAGACCGGAACGGUGGAUCGAAGCUAGUGAAGAGCAAAAGGCGGAUAUGGAAAGGUCGUAUUUGGUGUUUGGGAGUGGGAAGAGGACUUGUAUUGGGAAGAAUAUUAGUCUUUUGGAGAUUUAUAAGAUUGUACCGUGGUUGGUUAUGCGGUAUGAUUUUGAACUUGUACGGCCGGAUGAGGGGCUUAAGCUCCAUAAUUCGUGGUUUGUGGGACAGACGGGGUUGGAUGUUUAUAUCACAAGUAGGAAUGGAGCGGAUUGUGCUGUGUAG